GAUGGCGCGGUCCUCCGCACCGCCUUGCGGCGCAAACACGCCACCUACCCGGAGCUCGCUGACGGGCGCGCGCAAGCCCUCUGCGUGCUCGGCUGCGAGGUGGGUGGGCGGUGGAGCACCGAUGCGGUGAUGCUGGUCAGGCGCCUCGUCGCCCUCCGCGCGCUCAAAGCCCCUCCGGCGAUGCGCGCCCCCGCAAAAGCCGCGUGGGCGUGCCGCUGGUGGAGCGUGCUCUCCGUCGCGGUCCAACAGGCCGUUGGUCACACUGCGCUAGGGCGCGCCCGGGCCAUGCCGGGCCCGGCACACACUGAUGCGCCGGACCUGAGCGAGGUUUUGGAUUUGGCCGACCCGGAAGGGCCGAGCCGCUUGCCGCUGUGCGGCUGA